UGCACGUGAAGAAACGCCCUCUUUUGAUUUCCCCGGGAGUUUCGCUGCCAAAUGGAGGAUGAGGGCUCAUCGACAUUUCUGGCAGCGGCUAAUAAGUCCUGGAUGCCGAGUCCCGCGGAGGCUUCUCGGGGAGCGGACUUCGGGAUGCCACGAAAGCCCCACGCGCUUUUGUGUUCGCGGAGUAGGUGGAGGGUGAGGCUGCGAGCCGUGCCAGGCUUCCAGAUGAAACAGUCAAAUAUAAGUAUGUUUCCACUGACUGAGGAAAACAAGCAUGUGGCCCAGUUGUUGUUCAACUCUGGUACCUGUCCACGAUGUAUCUUCAGAUUCUGUCGUGUGGAUCUUCAUGCGCCUUACAAACUUCCAUCCAAGGAGUUGUUCAGUGAUCUAGAAAGAUUUCUGGAAACCGAAAAAGAUGAAUUAAUUUUGGAAGUUCCCAAUCCACCUCCCAAGAAAAUUCGACUGCAAGAAUUAGAAGAUGGGGUUGAGAAUUUGAAUGAAAACACAGAGAACAGGAUCUCAGUUACUAAAGAUGAAAGCUUUGCUUCUCAGCACUCAAAUUUGGGUGUGUGCAAUGUUUGCCUAGGAAUUCUUCAAGAAUUCUGUGAGAAAGAGUUCAUUAAAAAGGUGUGCCAAAAGGUUGAGGCCUCUGGGUUUGAAUUCACCAACUUGGUUUUUUCUGUCUCCUUCCCACCACAGCUAUCUGUAAGAGAGCAUGCUGUGUGGUUGCUGGUAAAACAGGAAAUGGGAAAGCAGAGUCUGCUGUUGGGAAGAAAUGAUGUAGUUCAGCUAAAAGAAGCCUACAAAUGGAUAACUCACCCCCUGUUUUCAGAGGAGCUGGGUGUUCCCAUUGAUGGAAAGAGCUUGUUUGAAGUGAGUGUGGUCUUUGCUCACCCAGAAACAGUUGAGGAUUGCCACUUCCUAGCUGAAGUUUGCCCAGAUUGUUUCAAACCAGCCAAAAACAAACAGUCAGUAUUCACCCGAAUGGCAGUUUUGAAAGCUUUGAAUAAGAUAAAAGAAGAGGAUUUCCUCAAGCAGUUUCCUUGUCCUCCAAACUUACCAAAGACUGUAUGCACUGUCCUUGAAACCGAAUGUGCUCAUGGUGCUGUUUUUGUUGCUGGCAGAUAUAACAAAUACUCCAGGAAUCUACCACAAACUCCUUGGAUAAUUGAUGGAGAAAGGAAGCUGGAGUCUUCAGUAGAAGAAUUAAUUUCAGGUCAUCUCUUGGGAGUAUUCAAAGCCGAUGGUUUUAAUUUUUCAUCCUCUGGAAGAGAAGAUGUGGAUGUGAGGACAUUAGGAAACGGAAGGCCCUUUGCAGUUGAGCUGGUGAAUCCUCACAGAGUACAUUUUACUUCACAGGAGAUUCAAGAACUUCAGCAGAAAAUAAACAAGUCAUCUGACAAAAUCCAAGUACGAGAUUUGCAGCUUGUCACAAGAGAGGCAAUAGGGCAUAUGAAGGAAGGCGAGGAAGAAAAGACCAAGACCUAUAGCGCCUUAAUAUGGACGAACAAAGCAAUACAGAAGAAUGACAUCGACUUUCUAAAUGAUAUAAAGGACUUAAAAAUCGACCAGAAAACGCCUCUGCGGGUCCUUCACCGAAGGCCUUUGGCAGUGAGAACUCGUGCCAUUCACUCCAUGGAGACACAUUACCUGGAUGAGCAUCAUUUUCGCCUGUAUCUGAAGACUCAAGCUGGAACCUAUAUUAAAGAAUUUGUACAUGGAGACUUUGGGAGAACCAAGCCAAACAUUGGCUCUUUGAUGAAUGUGACCGCAGACAUUCUUGAGCUAGAUGUAGAGUCUGUAGAUGUUGACUGGCCACCCGCUCUGGGUGACUAGCUCUCACAUUUGGACCCAAAGAUAGGGUUUUGUGGCAUGACGUGGACAUCCCUGCAACAUAUCCUAGAAAAUGACUGUUUACCCACCAUAACGGUGUUUUCAAAACCACUUGGAUCAUGUUGAUCUAUUUCUAAAAUUUGUUGUAGCAUCUCAGGAUCUAUAUGGAUGUGUUUUUUGGUUCGGCUGUUCUGUUGUAUGAUUUCUCUCAUUCCCUGUUUCAUUCCACCCGAAAACCAAACUGUGAUUCAUAAAACCAAUUUCUUUCUCAAUUCUUUUACUUAGAGAGGUGGACAAACAGGAAACAGUCUGCUAAUCUGACAAGCCCUAACUUCUUUCAGCAAGAUUUCCUAGCUGGGCGUGGUGGCACACAACUUUAAUCCCAGCAAAGGGAGGUGGAUCUCUGUGAGUUUGAGGCAAGCCUGAUCUGUACAGGGAGUUCCAGGCCAUCUGGGGCUACUGGGAGACCUGUCUCAAAACAAAACAAACAAACAAAAAAAGAUUACCUCCACAAGAGAGAUAUUACCUUUAAAAUAAUGUUCUAAAAAUUUCAAAUUAUCUGCAUAAAUAUUACUAGAUUCAUGUAGUAUAAUAUCCUAUAAUCUAUCAAACACAAAUCUGGCAUCAUUAAUAUUUUCCCAGUAAGUCUCAAGCAAGCUGCUACCAGUGGAAAGUAUUUUAAGGUGUGACUUGUCAAAAAUCUGAUGGCCUUACCUCACUGUUUUGACAGUCUAAAAUUGUCAGUACAUGUCUCCUGUGGGGGCAAGUGAGACUUUAACAUCUGAGCAUAGCAAGGUAAGACACUUUCAUAAAUCUUUUAAGAGAAACAAGUGCCUUCAAUAACUUCAGUCCCAGGGUUAAGAAUAUGAAAAACUGAAAUUACUAAACAAAGACAUACUAUUUCAUAGUGUUAAAAUGUAUUGUCUAAUUUCAAAUAUUUUACUGAGGCAUUUAGGGUAUUGUCUUUAAUUUUAUAAAUAUGGAAACCAAAAGAAUAGUUAAAUGGCACCUAAAAUGAUUAGUUACUUUCAUAUCCAGGUCUAGAACUGAAGCUUGUUAGUCUUUAGGGUUCUUUUUAGUAAACCCUUAUAGAUCACCUGCUGUACCUAUUGUAUGACAGAGACACCUAGGGUGCCAACUAGAUGCACUUAGCCAUGAGACUGACUUCUGGAAUUUACCAGAAAAAGGCCAGCAGGUAUCUCAUUUGACCUCAUAUAAUUAUCAUUUUAAAUAAGUCAGUCAUCAGAUGAAGAAAAUGAAUUAAUCAUUACAGAUUCCAGAAAAGAAGCUCAAUAAAAUCUAGACUUCAGUGUAAUUUUCAUCAGCUCAACCACUGGGGCUUUUUAAUUUAUUUUUUGAUACAUGUGAGAUUUGAAUAGUAUUUGAUUGUAUUUCUCAUCUCUGCACACCAUAACAGAUCCUAAACUCAGUUUAGAUACUCUAUCAGGACAUAGCUUUAACUGUCAUACAAGGGAAGCCUACUCUGUUGAAACCACGUCUUGACAUAUGUCAAUACUAGCAAAGAAUUGUUUUCAUUUUUUUUUCAAUGCCAGAAAAUGAAAAGGGAAUAAGAGAAAUAAACUGAUUUAAAAGUGAAAGACUUCUGUGUGGGUAU